UUGUUUUAUAAUUAGAGUUCAUAAGUUAAUCAAGUGCUUGAUCUUUUUAUCCCCGUACGAGAAGUAACUACUUAAAUAGCAAGAUUAACGCUAUUCGUAGGCCUUUUCCAUCGGCCAGGGCAGCCUAUGUCAGCUAGACGGCGACCGGAGGUGGAGUGGACUCAGUGGAGGGUGAUGGCUAUCAGAGUUUACCUACCCGGUAAAAUCUCACCCAUCAGCUCAGCUACUCCAUGGCAUCACUGUUGAAUUUGCACCAACUCUUCCUUAUCUAGACCACCCGCGUUCCAUCUUUUCAAGUCCCUCUGAUGGAAAGCAUGCAAUGUCGCCGGAACAAUCAACCAGCAGCAAUGCAACACCGCCUACAACUCGUCUGAGUCCGCGUGGCCCUCCUACCAUCGGUCCCCUCGUCUCCAAGCGGUCGCAUCGGCGAGGACCGUAUGCUUGCGAUGAGUGCCGGCUGCGCAAGCGAGCCUGUGAUGCGGCGCAGCCCUGCAAGCCGUGCCGGCGAUCAGGCACAGGUACGUCCAAUUGACAGAACAACGCAGCCGUGUCCUAACCUCCUGUGUUCAGAUUGCACGUAUGCGUUCCGCAGACCAGCACCCCGGCCCACGUCGAGGAUACGCACCUUGCAAAAUCACCUCCAACAGGCCCGGGGAUGGCUGCAGCAUAUCAAGGACAAGACACCAGGCGAGAUCCCAGGACUGGACCUCGACGCGUGCUUGCGCUCUCUUGACUUUUCGUCUGCCAAUGAUGACCCGCCUCAACCUCGUCCCAAGGGCGACGACCAGGUGACACCUCCUCAGCCUCCGAGGGAAGAACAGCAUAGACCUCUUAUAGGGUCCGAUCGCUUCGCGGGCCUUGACGUGCGGCGACCUGCCUUCCAUGGCGCAUACUCGGACGUGUCCUUUAUUGCGGGAUCGAUCGAGUUGCUGGAAACGCAGCCCUCUGAUGCCCAUGGCUCCAAGUCUAGGCUUGAUUUCAUAUCGAAUCUUCUUAGUCGCCCACUGCCGAGCCACUUUGCCGACAAGACCUAUGAGAGUGUUGAACCGCAGGAUCAAGCCUUGGUUGACGCUCUGCUGGAUGGAGGCGAUUUGAUGAUAUGUUUCCUCCAGGAAGAAUGUUUAAGAGACAUUACUAAACACACGCACCUACCGACUACCCCUCCGUCUGAGGCCGAGCGCAGCACCCUGUCUCUCAUCCACUUUGUCCUCGCGCUCGGGUACCAGAACGACGCUCGACAACAUCGAGCACAGGGUUGCGAUGACUCUGUGCAAAAGGCGACACAACACUUCUUCAUCGGUAUGGCGCUAGCGGAACCCGGUCUCUUUGCGCAAGACCUGACGUCUCUAUCGGCUCUGCUCAGCGCCAUUGUCUUCCUCCUCUCCACCUACAGGACUUCCAUGGUUCACUCGCUCAUUGGCGCCGCAUGCUCUGCUGCCCUUCGCCUCGGUCUCUUCUCAACAUCCUGCUCACCACCCGAUGGGACCGUGCUUGGCGACAGCAGAGUGAGGACGCGCCUGCUGGCCGGUGUGCUUUUCGUCGACAUGCUUGCCUCACUUGUCCUCGAUCUACCUACCUUUAUCCACCCCAACCAGCUGCCGCGUGCGAGGCUUGAAGAGUUGGCCACCGAGGCCGAGAAUAACGGGGACGUCCACACGGCAGCGUUGCUCAAGUCCGCGACGCUCCUCUCCAUACCGCUUUCGCUUCGUGGCCAAGCGAGUUCCAAAGACGAUGGAGCAGACGGAGGCAGAUUUCUGGCGCUGCAAAAGGCCCAAGAGGCCUGUCAUGGCUGGAAACGGGAUGUCGCCUCGCUCAUGUCGAAAAUGUGGCAAACUCCAAAACAUCGUGGCGCAAAGACCGAUCUUGACAACAUGUUCAGACUAUGCCAGAUCCUCAUGUUCCGUCCGCAUCUGCACUAUUUCCGUGACAUGUACCUAGGACAGACUGUGUCUGUGGCCGAGUCUUACUAUGCGCUGGCAUGUAUCAAGGUGGCCUCGUCGACCAUCCUGGCAGCGGAGAACCUUGCGAAGCAGCAGCCGACUCCCACCCCGUUUGGUGGUUCCUGGCUCACUACUCACGUUGUGUUCUCGUCGGUCAUGUGCCUCGUGUUCUUGGUAGCGGCGCAUCCGGCCACCACCCUGCCCAGUGUCGCGUGGCAGAGAGCCUGCAGGGGGAUCCGGAUCAUCGCUGCCAAUAGAUGUACUGACAAUAUGUCUGCCGUGUGCCUGGAACUAUUAAAGGCAGACGAUUUACAUCGACUUUAACCAGAUUGAGGCUACCACACUGAAUCACUGCAGCGACAUGGUUGCGCCCGUAAAAUACGGGAGCAGCCAGCAGAGCAGAGAGCACACUCCUGCCCUCGCAGAUCUUCCCACUGCCCAUCGACCAGUCAUGGCUACCGUCGUGGACCAGAUCACGGCGCACGAAGACUAUUUCCACGACAAUCCAUUGGAGGUGGAGAAUGAGGCUGACAAGAUGCUCGAACAAGCGGAAGCCCUGUCGGUCGAAUUCCACCCUCACGAU